AUGGAAGCUGAAACUAAUUCUCCAGAUGAUGCAUCUGCUGUGGCAAUUGAUCAAACUCAAUUCAUGGGUAAAGACACUGCAGUUAUUGAACAUGCUGACCACCAAUCAGAAGCACCAAGCAUGGAGAAUGUGAUUACAAAGCAUUCCAACUCAGAUGAAAAGUUGCCAACGGAAAGCAGUAUAAAAUCAAAGUAUGAUAAGGAAUCAGCAGAAAAGAUUCCUGAAUCAUACUCUGUUGAUAAUUCAGAGAUAAAAGAUGAUGGAAAAAUCAUGCGAGAGAAAGCUUUAGAUAUUGACGAAGCCACUGAAGUGGAAUUACAAAUAUCCGAAACAAAAAGUGUGCCUGAAUAUGGGACCCUGAAAACUUUAUCAACUACAGCGUAUGUUGGUGCUGAAGAGUUAGAGAACAAGGAUGAUGGGAAAUUCACACAAGAGAAAGCAAAAGAGACGGAGGAAGCAACCGAAAUGCAGCCAUUAAAAAGUGCAACAGAUAGUCCACGUGAGGAUAAAGAACAGUCUACAGUGUCCACUUCUGAAAUUGUCAAAGGUCACACUGACGAAGUCUCACAGCAACAAACACAUAAAAAUGAUGAAACAUCAGUGAUAGACACUGAGAAGAGCAGAGCAGAAAAACAUAAACCUGAGGGUGAUGGGAAAGAAGAUAAUGGAGCAAAAGCAACUGAAGAAGCAGUAAAAACAAUGUUACUAAACAUUGCAACAAAAAGUCUACUAGAGGAAGAAGUUCAGCCAAGGUUGCCCGUACCUUCAAUUGUCCAACAUGACACUGAUCAAAUCAUAAAGCAACAACCACUUAAUAAAGAUGUACCAGAAGUGAUUGAUAAUGCCAAGAGCAGCAUGGAAGAAAAGGAACUUGAUAUAAUAUCCAGAGUUAUAGAGACUUCAAAGAUAUUCAACCAGGAAUCUGUACAACAUGAAACCAAGGAUAACGUCAGCAUAGUAAAAGAACAAGCAGACCAACAAUCAGAAGAAAUAAGCAUGCGAAGUGUCAUUAAAAAUUAUAUAAUAGAAAGCAGCACAAAUCUAAUUGAUGAUGUACCCGAAUCACACUUGAUAAAGACUUUAGAAAAGAAAGCAGAGGAAGCUACAGAUGACAAAGAAUCGACUAUUGUGGAGAUACCAAAAUCAGAAAUUGAAGGUGAGUCUGAAGAUAAAGCCCUGCAGACAUUACCCAGUGCAGAAUUGGUUGGAAACGAAGCAGUUGAUGUGAGUUGUGAAGAAGAUGUAAAACCAGAAGCAGAUCUUACAGUGACACAUACAGAGCAAACACUACAACAUGAAUUCGAUACAAAGAACGAAAUUCCUGAGGAAGUGGAAUGCCAGCUCAGUGCAGAAAAUGAACAAAAAUCAGAACCCCAGAUUGCAGCUAAGAACAAUGAGAUGGCAUGCAUAAAGCAUCCUUAUUUGGAUGGAGAGACUGCAGAAAUAAACCCCAGUAAUGAUACUGUAGAAGAGGUUACAGUGCCUCACACCAAGGAGAAACAAGCAAUUGAGGAUACUGAGAAGUUCAAUCAAGAGGAAGUUCAAGGGACUGAAAAAGAAGUAACAAUACAGUUACCAAACACUACAACAGAAAGUCAACCAGAGGAAGAAAUCCAGAUAAAACUACCAACCCCUUCCUUUGUCCAAGGUGAUAUUGAUCAAAUUUCACAGCAACAUAAACAGCACAAUGAUGAAUCAGAAGCAAUGGAUAAUGCUAUGAGUUGCAUAUCAGAAAUUGAACUUGCCGGCAAGUCCACUACUGUUGAGAAACGAAAAGGGAUAGAAGAAGCAAUAGAAAUGCAGUUACCAGAGGAAGCAGUCCAGAUAAGAUCGCCAACUCCUACCUUUGCCGAAAGUGAUACUGAUCAAAUUCUGCAGCAAGAAACAUUGCACGUUAAUAAAUCAGAAGUUAUUGAUAAUGUGAACCAGAUAUGCAUACCAGAAAUUGAACUUGAAAGAAGGUCCACUGUUGUUCAUGAAAUUGAAAAACUUGAAACCAAUGACAAUGUCAGCAAAUCAAAAGAGAUUUUAGACAAUAAGGAUGCAUAUGAUAUCAGAGGAGACGGAGGAACAAAUGCCAAACAACUGGCUGAUGUGGAGAUACCAAAAUCAGAAACUGAAGGUGUGCCAACAGAUGAAGCUCUCCAACCAACACCCAGUGCAGUAUCAGUCGAAAAUGAAGCAAAUAAUGAUAAUAGUCAAGAAGAGAAACAAUCAGAAGCAGAAUUUACAGAGAAAUUUAACAAAGAGAUGCAGAAACCACAAUAUUUUAUUGGAGAGACUGCACAAAAUGACACCACCAAUGAUACUGAGGAUAAAGAAGACGUUCGACCAUCCCACCCUGAGGAGAUACUAGCGAUCGAGGAUGAUGACAAAUUGGAACCAGAAGCAAAAGGGAUUGAAGAAGUAACAAAAAUGCAGUUACCAGACGAACAACUCCAGACAAAAUCACACACUUCUUACUUUGGCCAAGUUGAUAACGAUCAAGUUCCACACCAAGAAACGUCAUAUGUUAAUGAAUCAGAAGUGAUUGAUAAAGCCAAGAAAAACUGCAUGCCAGUAAUUGAACUUUUCAAGCAGGAAACUGAAAAACCUGAAACCAAGGACAAUGUGGGCAUAGUGACAGAGAAUUUAGACAACAAGAAUGAAUGUGAUAUCAGAUCACAGGAAGGAACAGAUGUCAAACUAUUGGCUGAUGCAGAGAUACCAAAGUCAGAAACUGAAGGUGCAUUAAAAGAUGAAGUUCUACAGCCAAUAGCCACCGAAGUAUCAGUCACAACCGAAGCAGUUGAUGAAAAUAGUCAAGAGAUACAGCUGGAAGCAGAUGUUACAGUGAAAUCUAACAAAGAAGUGCAAAUAUCAGAAUAUGUAACUGACCAAACUGUAGAAAUAAACGCCACUAAAUAUACUGACGAACAAGUGGUUGAGAUUGAUAGAAAACUCAGUCAAGAGGAAGCAACAGAAAUGCAAUUACAGGAGGAAGAAGCCCAGACAAGAUUAGACACUCCUGCCUUUGUCCAACAUGUUACUAAUCAAAUUUUGGAGCAAGAAAUACGGAACGUUGAUGAAUCAGAAGUGCUUGAUAAUGCCGAGCAAAGAUGCAUACCAGAAAAUGAACUUGAUGGAAAAUCCAUUGUUGUUCAGGAAACUGAAAAACCUGAAACCAAGGACAAAGUUGGCAUAGUAACAGAGAAUUUAGAUAACAAGGAUGCAAAUGAUAUCACAUCAGAGAAAGAAACAGAUGACAAACAACUGACCACAAAGACAGAAACCAAAGGUAUAAAAAAAGGUGAACCUAUACAACCAAUAUCCAGAGCAGUAUCGGUUGGAACAAAAGCACAAGAUGAUGAGAAUAGGCAAGAAGAGAUACAGCCAGAAGCAGAUGUCUCAGUGAAAUCGAACAAAGAGGUGCAAAGACCAGAAUAUAUUACUGAUUCAACUGCAGAAAUAAAUGCCACAAACUACACUGCCGAACAAGAAGAGAUUCCAAAAUCUCAAGUUCUAGAGAAAGAAGGGAUUGAGGAUGAUGGAAAAUUCAGUCAAGAGGAAGAAGCAAAAGGGAUUGAAGAAGCAACACCAAAACAAUUACAGGAGGAAGAAGUCCAGACAAGAUCAUCCACUCCUGCCUUUGGCCAAGGUGAUACUAAUCAAAUUCCACAACAAGAAACAUUGCAGGUUAAUGAAUCAGAAGUGAUUGAUAAUGCCAAGCAGAGCUUCAUUCCGGAAAUUAAACUUGAAGAAAACUCCAGUGUUGUUCAGGUUAGGCUGCAAUGA